AUCUCUAAAGAAACCAAGCAUCUAGUGCGAGUCAUACAUGGAGCGAAUGAUGACAAUGCUUAUUCCCCACGCAAAGGUUUUUGUUACGAUGGGUUGUAUGUUGUUGAUGAGGCCAAGAUGAUGGACGGAAAGAAAGGCUUUAAGAUGUGCACCUUCACGCUGAAACAAAUUGAAGAGGAAGGCCAGAAGCCGAUACCAAUAAGGCACAUCCUCACCAGUGGCAAACUGGCAAAGAUG